GAUAUAACGCUUACCACCGAAGCAGACAAUACUGUAAAGACUAUCGUUGAGGACGAGUCGGACACAGAGGUUGUGACAAUAGACACGACACCACUGGUGAGGAAUGUUAGCUCCCGGGGCCACACAAAUAGCGCAUCCAUUUCCCAUCAAACUGUUCCCCAAACCAAUGCAAACGAAUCGGCGCCCAAUGGGAUGACCACCGAAAUAGUGGCCAUAGAAUCAAAUGGUGAUAAUGGGACGGAGGACAGGGAGGGACGAAACACUACAAAAGCUUUAAUAGACACGAAGACAUCGAUGGCUAAAUCGGCGACCAAUACAAACAGCCCUCCACUGAACCUUUGGAACCGUUGGACACAUCGAUGGAAGUGUCCAGACGUGAAGAAUCAGUACAAUGAUUGCGAACUCAUGGCUGAGGAUGUGGUGGACGCACCGGUGCGUAAGGCGGUCGACGUACUCGACAAGAGGUGGAGUAUCAACAAUCGGGUCGAGUAUCUGAUCCAAUGGCAUGGUCUCGGUGUCACCCAAAGCUCGUGGGAAUCUGAAGACAGUCUCGAUUGUCCGGUGAUUAUCAUUAUAUAUUGGGAAUCUGAAGACAGUCUCGAUUGUCCGGUGAUUAUCAUUAUAUACAAUAUAUGGUGUCUUAAGUGUCGUAUAGUGUCUUACAUCUGGUUAUCACAGAAACUGAUCGAUGAAUACAACAGGACUUCGAAGGGAUUGAAGACAAUUAAGAGGAGGUUAUGGUGUGACUCACGGCCCAAGAGUAACGGUGCGUCCGAUAGUGAGACUCAACUGCCGGCUCGCAGUCCGGAACCAUUGGAAUCAAUGUUUGAGGAUUCGUCGGACAACAUGUCGACUGAAGUGUUGGUAUCGAUGUCACCGAAACUGGUAAUUGACUUCGAGGAAUAUAAUGACAAUAUGGAAGGGUCAAUCAUCCGCAAUGAGUGGACACCGGAAUCAGAACUGAUCGAUGAAUACGAACAGUGGGUGAAAGUGUCGGAACCGACACCACAGUCAUCGACAUCGCCGCUGCACUCAAGCCCUCCGAGCGCUUCCAAUGAGUCCAUAGAAUUAGCGAAAGCUUUAAAAACGCCGCCACUGUUAGCACCGGUAUCUCCAGAAACUACCGCAACUUCGGGAGCGUCGAUGGGAACACCGCCUGAAUUGUCGCGUUAUAUGUGGUCACUGGGCCUGACAUCUACUUCUGAAUCGAUAGCCUCCGGAACAGACACUCGGAGGGAACGGGAGGCGGAUGUGGAGUACGACGACGAUAAGGACGAGUAUGUGGUGGAAGACAUUCGGGCGAAGGGCUACCGAAACGGACGGGUCGAGUAUCUCAUCAAAUGGCAGGGAUUGGACGAGAGCUACAACUCGUGGGAAGUCAAAGACACGCUGAUCGAGACGUGCGACUGUCAGAAACUGAUCCACGAAUACGAGUUGUCGUUGAAGUCAUCGACGUUUCCGGUGGCGACCCAAAGCUUACGGUCGUUGGGGUCGUUGUGCGCCCACCGGAGCUCCGGUACGUAUGACCGACCGGUGAGUCCCAGAGUCGGGUCCCGAGUACUGCGGCCACGGGUUAACCGGAAUGAAUUCCUGUCCAACCUGGCCACAAUACCCUUGUCCACCAUCAAUAGUCUCCAGGAUAUAGUGGAUGAUGAUAGACAGCUAACAGUGCUCAUCGAGAAAACAGGGUUCGCCUACAAUGAUAAUUAUCCAGCAUUGAAAUACAAGAACUAUUUGGUGUAUGAUUUAAAUUCACUGAAAUUUCUGGAGCCUAUCAUCGAUGGGACGGCCGUAUUGAUCGCCGACGAGCCGGUGGUCGAAGACCUCAUUUACCUCAACCCCACGCUAUCGCUACAUAAGUCGCGCGACAACUCUAUGCUUAUGAACGCCGGAGUAUUCUUAUUCGUCAGUGAAUUCUUGUCCAACUUGGCUACCAUUCCCUUGUCUACCAUCAAUAGUCUCCAGGAUAUAGUCGAUGAUAAUAGGCAGCUAACGGUGUUCAUCGAGACAAUGGGUUUCGCCUAUAAUAUUUAUUUAAAGGAUAAAUACCCGCAAUUGAAAUACAAAAACUUUUUAGCCUAUGAUUUAGAUUCAGUCAAAUUUCUGGAGCCCAUCAUCGAUGGGACGGCCGUAUUGAUCAAUGAUGAGCAGGUGGUCGAAGAGCUCCUGUACCUCAACCCCACGCAAUCGCUACAUAAGUCGCGCGACAACUCCAUGCUUAUGAACGCCGGAGUAUUCGUACGCAAAGGGCUCAACCCUCACGUGAAACACCGUUUCAAACAAAAGUAA